AUGAACGCCAAACCUCUCAUCACACCACGCAAUGCCGGCUCCCUAUGGGGAACGAACGCGAAUCUGGCCCAGGUCCUCUCCAGCCUGACCAGCACAAGGCGCCACCGGUACCCCAAUCUAAAGCUCAAGCCCAGCCGCAUGUUGGCUCUCCGGCUGGAGCACAAAAGCCAAGAGCCAUCCCGUCGCUAUGCCCCGCUCUUUAGAGCGAUGGCCAAAAUGAACAACGAACGAUUGCCUCUGAUGACCUUUCAGAAGCUGCUCAGGCAACAAGAUCUGAGCAACGAGAAAAAACUUGGGGAUAUCGUUGCCAAGACGAAUCCCGCCCUGUGGAGAGACCGCCUCAGCAGUCUUGAGAGGAGGGGCUGGAAAGAAGCAGACAUCGAUCACUGGGUCUGGAUUCUGUCCGCCGAGGAUGGGGACGCUUGCGUCUCGAGGUUGGUCUCGAGCGACAGGCCGAAGCCACUGUUUGUUCUCAUGGUCAUUCUGUCGAGUGGACGCCCCUUUCGCUCACCAGACUCCCUCAAGCAUGUUCUCGACUACAUUACAAAGAACUACUUGGCUCCACAUGAAGCAGCUGCGCAAGAUCAACGCCUUGGUGCCGCACCUCCCAUCGAUUACAGACAACGGCUUAGUCUUGCCAAGUUCCUGAUUAUUCUACGCCGACUGACCGCACGGGUGGUCAACUACUGGCCAAGGUCCAUCACAGCUUUGGCCGAGAUGACGCGAAUCUAUAUCGCUAGCUUACCGCUUAUCGAGAAGGAUGGAAACAUCUACCACAAGCGAUGUAAGAUAUUCAACACGGCCCUUGUACAAUUCAGCCGCCCCGCGUCUUUCGAACCAGUUCGUCACAUGGAGUUCAACUGGCGAGCUCAGAGGAUACUCUUAUCCAUGUCAGACACCAUGGAGCGGCCUCUUGUCAUAGACAAGCUUAGUUACCGUGCAAUUCGCAAAGUACUGGUAGCACAGAAGAAGUCUGCAGCGGAACGGGCAGUCGCUGUGCGAUAUGCCAAGACCUGGCCGCCCUACAGGCAAGACUUCGAUGGCCAUGACGCGAAAAGGACGCCAGAGGAUGACCAGUCGCGAAGCGUGAGGGCUGGUGUCCUCGCUACAGAAGCCGGUUAUCCACAAGAUGACUAUGGCAAAGCACUCGGCGUCCUCGGUGGUCAAGGUGCUGAUCAGUCCCCAACUAUCCAAACCCGCAGUCUCGCACCAACGGAAUGGACGGACGAAAAGAGCCAGGAAAACUUCUUCACCAUUUGGGCAAUGAAAGUUCGAGCAACCCGGAAUGCCCAAGAAGCCUGGAAGGCGUUCAACUCGUACACGAACGUGGCGCCAACGCUACAGGUCUACACUGAGAUGUUUCUCAAGCUUCACGCGGCAGAAACUGAAGUCGCGCAUGAUGUUGUGCCGGGUGACUCUAGGGAGGUAUUCCCUACCCACCACGGCAACUUCAGCGAAUAUGAACUCGCGCGAUUGACACCGCCCACGACUACGGACCUCUACCAACACAUGUUGAGCCGGGGCGUCAAACCUCACGGCAUGUGCUUGCAGCAUUUGGUAUCCAAUGCUCGAUCGAUCGCGGAAGGGCAACAAUACCUGCGCGAUAGCACUAUCAACGCUAGUGCUAUCGCCCAUAUGGUUUCAGCCGCGGGAUUACUGCACACAGUACUAAGGCGUGUUCCGUUGCUUGUCUUCAAGAGCUAUGUACAGUUACUCUGUCGCCUACAUCCUGAUCGACGAGGACGUGAAAAGAUAUCACACAGCGAGCUUACCCGCCUGCAUCAAGCAAUCAACUUGGCCAGAGCAAGAUUGGCACCUGGCACGACCGAAGCAGCAACAUUUCGACCUGCUUGGCAAAUUAUAUGUAGAGCCUUGGCGCGACCCAAUAUCGCACUGACAAAUAAGGAGCGAAUCGCCAAUGACAUCGAAGCACUGGAUCUGUUCCUCCAGGUCGAAAGUGUGAUUGGGAAGAGCAUCGGGUUCGACCCAGAAAUAUUCCUUUACCUAUGUCGCACCGUUCAGAAGUUGAUUGUGACCCAGCUCAGCCGAGUCGAUCUCGACUCAAAGCACUCUUCUUCACAACUACCAGCUUACCUUAUGCAGGGAAAGUCUCGUACUGGUACCUUGCUUCGUAACGCCCAUACUACGAUACGGCACAUGUUCAAGAAGCUGGUGUCCCCUGCCUCGCAAUCUCAACCCAGUUUAGAGCUCCCUCAAUUUCUGAACCCCGUAACACCGGCGCAUUUGCAUGGAUACAUGCGGACUCUUGCAUUCUUGGAAGAUGUUCAAGAGAUGGUCGCGGUUCUGAACUGGGUCUUCGACAACAAGGACAUGAUAGAUGAAGAGAUAGAGCGGAAGGGAGAGGGUGGGCGACUCAUGAUGGCCAAGAUGCUUUGCGCUUUCGAGGCAUUUGCUGGCCCCUGCCUCGAGGUUGAUAUACGGGAAGAGAUUGACGCGAAGAUGGAGCGUGUCACUGAGAUGGAUGAUACAUGGCAUUGGCCCUCGCCAGAAGACGUCGAGGUAUAUGUACAAGCUGAUCGCCGCGGAGGCUCGCAGAAGCUCCAAGAACGCACCAUAAUGCUUAGAGAACAGCAGUCAGUCAGGUAA